UUAUUUAUUUAAUUCAGUUUCGAACUGAAGUUGGUGGCAUUUAGACGCGUUUAGUGAAGCACAGUCCUACGAAUAUAGGUGACAGUGUCGAACGAGAAUAAAAUAAGCUAGCUCUACUCCGUUUGUGCGCUUCCAAACACCCGCUGUGAUAAUAGCUGCGGUAAUAGUAUUGUCGAUGCUGGAUCGGUUGGUCGGUCGUUCGGUCGCGUGCGUGUGAAAUUAUGUCAUACGGACUUAAAGCUAUAAAUAGCUAGUAAAACAAUAAACAAAUUAAAAGAUUCGCAAUAUACAUACAAAAAUAUAAAGUUUUGUGCUGAGUUGAACCAACAGAGUUUGGCUUAUACGCAGAGGAGACAAGUUUGUAAUCAAAAGCAAAUUAUACAUAGUAUAUAUCUGGAGCAGCAGUUGAGUCGCAAUACUUUUCCCAGCAUUUGCGAUACUUUCCACACCCAUCACCAGCCUUUGGACAAACGAACAAGAGCAACUCUGUUGAAUAUUAAAUAAAUAUCAGCCGAAGUUGAACAAUAAUAAUAAAAGCAGCUGUUGCGAAUAUUGAGAACAAAAGCAAAAAAUAAUAAAAACAAUGUCCAGCAAGUGCACAAUCACAUUUGACAAUAAUCCACUGGGGGUUUACUAUGCCGGUCAAGUUGUUUCCGGCGUUGCGGAGCUAACCACAAAACGAACGAAAAUAAUAAGAUCCAUUUACAUUAGCAUCUGUGGUCAUGCCGAAACCCGCUGGACGGAAAAUGUAACGAAACAAGAUACGGAGGGUAAGCCACAAAAGACCAUCGAAACAUUUUCUGGCUCCGAGUUGUACUACAGUACAGAGAAUCAUGUUUAUGGACAAAGUGGUGGCAUACAAUUCGAUUUGCCAGCUGGAAAGUAUACCUUCGCCUUUCAAACGACCAUACCGCCGAAUGCACCCACAUCGUUCAAUGGGUCAUGGGGACAGGUGCAGCAUGAGGUCGCUUUGGUGAUCGAUCGUGUCAUGCGCUAUGACAACAAAUUCAAGCAAGGCUAUACGGUGAUAUCGCCAUAUGAUUUGAAUCUCAAUCCAGACAAUAUGAAACAAUUGCAUAAGAUUGAUGAAAAGACGUUUUGUUGGGGUUUGUGUUGUGGUGGUAAAGGCCCGAUGGUGAUGCAUGUCACAGUGCCCUACUCCGCUUAUGCACCUGGGCAAAAGAUACGUUUCCACGUUGUGCUGGAUAAUCAAUCGGAUGUGCACUGCUCUGAUGUCAAAGUGCGUCUAAUGAAAAAAGUAACAUUCACCAGCCGCAAUCCAGAGGCUAAACGGCAAGUGGUGGAGGUUAAAGUCGCCGAUAAUCAUUGUGGUGAAGUUGUCAAACAUAACAAAGCUGAAUUCAAUGAAUAUUUACAAAUUCCGUCUACCACCCCCACCUCGUUGGAGAAUUGUAGUCUUAUCAAAGUGAGUUACAUGCUCAAAUUUAUUGCGAAAAUUUCACGUAUCCAUGGCGAUCUGGUAAUUGAAUUUCCUCUGGCUAUCGGCACGGUGCCGUUAUAUGCAAGUGCCAACGAUCAGGGACCGGUAACGACACAACCUGGCGCUGGACCAACCUACAAACCGCUACCACCGCCUAUGUUCGAGGAAGAUAUUAGAUGCGAGAGCUUCGAAGAUAACACAUUCCGUCCACGUUAUCCUGUUUUCCUCAGCGAUACAGGCUUAACACCUAUUGGUAAUGGUCCAAACAAUCAACCAUUACCACCAUCAAAUAGUGUAUAUCCUUCGCUUGUUGUUCCAACACCAGCACCAGGACCUGCGACACCUCAACACAAAAAUUCACCAGCAGCACAAAAUUAUCCACCUUUUCCAGCAGCAGCGUCUUCGUCAUCUACACCAUCUGGGCCGGCAUUGCACAAUGCUGCCGCGAGUGCUAAGCCAGAUUCAUCCCCAGGUGGUGGUAAUGUAGAGGCGCUCGGUUUUUCUUUGCCACCAAAUUAUGAGCCCACACCAGCGCCAGCUCCUGGCUCCAAACCUGGUAUUGGUUGGAAAUGAAUCUCAUUAUUUCUUAAAGAAAAAUUAUGUUUAUGUACGAACUUUGAACUAUACCAGUGUAUUGUUCUAAAUUGAUAUUUAGCGGAUUUAAAUAUUUUUCAUUUUUUUAGAGUUGCAUACCUCCAUAUGUUUUACAUCUAUUGCAUUUUACGAUAAAUACUUAUAUGUAUGU